AGUAAGAAGUGGAUGUGUCUCUCGAUGUCCUCAGUGUUCGGAUUAAUAUUGGAGUUUUAUAGAUUUUGUUGUGGACAUUACGGUAGUAUUUAAAACGGAUAACGUAAAUCAAACCGCUGGAAAAAAUGCCACCGACAAGGAAACCCAACGAAGGUCUGUUAGCGCGGGUCAACUUCCCAUUAUACGCUAUUGAAAUGUUGACUAGCCGACACGUCCUUGUUGCUGGUGGGGGAGGAGCCUCGAAAACCGGAGUAGCUAAUGGAUUUGAAAUAUAUGAAAUUUAUCACAAUGGUGAUCGCUAUGUAGCCGACGAAAUAGUUCGACAUGAAACUGGUCCAACGGUUGUGAUGAAUUGUGCUAUCCGGAAUGAUGAGAAACGAACCUUACUCCUUGCUGGUCAAGAAAGCCACUGCCAGAUGUAUCUUGUAAACUCAAUAAUCUCUUCAUCGGAUGGCGACAUGGUGGGUGGCACUAAAGCAGAUUCGUUAGAUGGUCUGCGAAAACGCAAAAAUAUUUCUUAUCAGCCGCAGGCCAAUGGCCAGGCCAAUCACCAAACCCAAUCAGCUAACCAAAAGCAUGAAAAACAAGAAAAUGCAAAUAAGGUCAAAAAGCAAAUUCGUUUCGAAAUCAAAACAGGUGAUUCGGUGCAAACUGAUUUUACGGAAUCAGAACCACUGCAACGAGUUGUUCGAAUUAGUCCUAAUGGACGUAUCAUGGCUACCGGUGGAAUGGAUGGACAUUUAAGGAUAUGGAAUUUUCCCAAAAUGACUUUAUUGUCAGACAUCGCUGCCCAUACUAAAGAGAUUGAUGAUCUGGACUUUAGUCCAGAUAAUAAACAUAUUGUUUCGAUAGCGAAAGAUGGACUUGGAGUGAUAUGGUCAAUAAAUCCAGACAAAGAGUCUCGAAAGCUGACCUGGAAUCCGCCCGAAGGAAUACGGUAUCUGAUGAAACGCUGCCGAUAUGGCGUUAUUGAAGGUCAAAAGGAUAAGCAUCGACUCUUUACAUUGGCAAAUCCCUUUUCAAAAUCGGGCAAAGCUAAGGGACUUCUUCAGCAGUGGAAUCCGGAGACUGGUCGGUUGACGCGUGUGGUAGAAAUUGAUGAAUCAUUAGCAGCGUUGGCUGUGCGAGACGACGGUCGUUUUGUAGCCAUUGGGACAAUGUUCAGUGGUUCAGUAUCGAUUUACAUUGCAUUUAGUUUACAGCGAGUGCUUCAUGUUUCCAAUGCCCAUGCAAUGUUCGUAACAGGACUGGAAUUUCUUCCGGUUACAAACUUUGAUGGUCCGUCUGUUACCGGCGACACUGAAGCGGCUGUUCUAUCCAUCUCGGUGGAUAAUCGCGUUUGCGUGCAUAGUUUGCAGUACAGACAUUCUUUACCAGCCUGGGUUGCUGUUUUCGCAAUUAUUUUGAUAUUGUUCGUUACGUUUUGCUUCUGUUCAUACAUUGGAUUGUGAGUGGAGAUGUUCGUUGCAUAGGAUCGAAAAGCUAUUAGGUAAUCGUUGUACAAUUUAUAAAACAUUAAAUCAGACGAACGAAAUUGUUUAGGGAACAAAACUACUAUUGUAAUCGGUUUAACCUUAUUGACUCGAUACAAGCAAAUAAGAGCUCAUUGUAAGUGAGGUGUUAAUUUAUUCUAUUGUCCUAGUAGUCUAUCAUAAAAAUAGAAAAUAUAUCAAUGCACUAUAAA